GUGAUGAUGAUGAUGCAGGUGGAAUCGGGAAUCCUGAACUACAUGAAGGUGACGAUCAUGCUGAAGGAGUUCAACAUCAUGGAGUACAAGAAGGUCAUCCUCAUCCUGGUGGACAUGGUGAUGGUGAACUACCUCAAGGACACGAUGGACGUACGCCGCUCCAUGAACGACGUCCGCAUUUGCUGUGUUGCCCUCGGAGUGGAACCAGCUACCACACUCCUGGGUGUGGGAACUUGCGUGCAUCCAACUUGGUGA